GAGAAGCUAGACGCGGUUGGUUGGUGUGUCCCACUUCUACAACCUUGAGCAGACAGCGGCUGAGAGCAGCGCCUUGCUCCUCGCCCGCUCUCACCGGCGCCGCCUUGCGCUCCUCGCCGGCGGCCCAAGCCCCUCAGCCGCCGCGAGGAUACGGCGGCAGGUAUGGACCAGCCGCGGUCGAAGACGGCGGAGGACCUGGCGGCGCAGCGGGCGGCGUGCGACCGGCAGAUGGCCGCCGGCCGAGACCGCUUCGCCUCCGCCUCGGCGGCCGUCCGCGCCGCCGCCCGCUCCGCCGUCUCCGGCGCCCACCAGAGCCUCUCGCGCCGAGAGGACCUCGUCGAAUUCAAGAAGCGGCUGCGGGACCUGGAAGCCGACCUAGGGCAAGCUCUGUCUCUUAAACUCACCAUGGAGUCGAAAUGCAAGCGACUCCGGGAGUCGAUUUCGGCCUCGGCUGCAACAAGCGAGCAGCUAAGAGACCUGGUCACCGGUCAGAGGAGCAGGAGCGAGCGGCAUGCCGCGGUCAUUUCGGAUGUGCUCGAGGCUGCUGAGGCUUUUGAAGCAAAGAAUGAUGAAGACGUUACACUGAUGAAAGGCAUGGAAAAGGCUAUCUGCUGGUACCAAAAGCGCGUUGGCUUCCAGGCCGUUGUCGAAGGGGAAGGCGUGAAAUUCAUAUUCGACAAGGUUGACUCGCAAAGUCCUGAGAAGGAGUUUUCAUUUUCCCUAAAGUUUGACAAAGAUAGAUGUACCUCAGUACUUCGAUGUAGUCCACCCGUGGAAGAUUCUGAGGAACUGGUGAAGGAUUUGAACCUCACUAACGAUCUAGUCAAGUUUGUAAGAAUAAUCCGACAGAGGUUCCAGGCUGCUGCUUUGAAUGGGGAUCUUCCUGUAAGCCCAACAGUUUGUUCAGAUGCUUCCGCUAUACCCAUCUCAUCUCCGGUGACAAAGUCAGUUGACUCCACAAGCAAAAAUGAUAGAGAUAAAAGUAAUUCUCAAAGUAAGAACAGGAAGCCGGCUCUUCCCGCUAAGAGAAAAGCUUCCGCCCUAUCGGCAGCAUCUCCUGGUUCUGUGCGUCGCUCCCCGCGUUUUGUGGUAUAAGGUGUAAAAACCAAGUAGGAGUGCCAUGGUUUAUCUUUGACUUGCUGAAAUGAGAAGUGCAUUAACAAAAUCACGCUUCACACUCGCAGGGGGGAACGGGUGAGUCGCCAGCCGAUGCGUACCCUGACCUGGCCAAACUAAUCCUUAACCGAUGACUUGGCCAUCCCGCUCUUCCCUGCAAACGCCGUUGCGCAGGAGACCCGGCUAUCGUUCAACCCCCAUUAACCCCCCCAAAGAGAAUGCUAUUCUUCAGCCCCCUUUAACCUCCACGGAUGGCGGCUUGGCUCGCGGAAAGCCUGCGGAGUUGUCUGUCGACCGUUUAGAACAGAGUUUGGUGUGGCCUCCGAAGCGUUGAUGUGAUUUUGGACAUGGUUUGUGUCGCGGGGAGGGCUUGGUGCCGAAAGGCGGAUGUAAUUCUGGGCGUGGUUUCGCUGUGUCUGCGAUGCAGGAUCUAUUGUUGAGCCGUGCAAUGUUGUUCUCCAUGGUCGAGAUCUUCGGCGUAUGUUUGGUUCAUA